AGAACAUGGGGUCUCGGUUGUCUCAGCCUUUUGAGUCCUUCAAUAUCGCUAAGCCUCCCGGUACCGCCGCCGCGCCCGCCAAGCCUGCGCCCCCAGCUACACCCGGAGCGCCGACCUCCCCAGCGGAACACCGCCUGUUGAAGACCUGCUGGAGCUGUCGCGUGCUUUCUGGGUUGGGGCUGAUGGGGGCGGGCGGGUACGUGUACUGGGUGGCACGGAAGCCCAUGAAGAUGGGACACCCCCCGAGUCCAUGGACCAUUACGAAGAUGGUCACCGGCCUCAGCAUUGCCACCUGGGGUAUCGUUGUCAUGGCAGACCCCAAAGGAAAGGCCUACCGCGUUGUUUGAAAGUACCACCAGUGAAUCUGUCUUCUGUCCCUGUCCCCAUGACACACAGAGCAGGCAUGGAAUUUAAUGGGUGUUUGGACAGACACGUGUACGUGGACAGACAUCACUACUGUGGAUACUACAAGACUGAAAAGAAAAUCAUAUGUUGUCAUUCUCUGGCUAUGGAGUGUUUGUGGCCUUCACAGAUUUCACAGGAACCGAUAAACCCCUCAGAGAAGUAAAAAAAAAAAAAAAAAAAA